GUUGACUGGAAUUUGAGCUUUGCAUCUCCCCAAAUGCGUCCUUGACAGCACCACCACAGGGCUGACCUUCGACUCGAUUUUGCGACGACUUCAACGUCAUGGCCAUCUACGCCGAUGCGGCCCCGUCGGUGGCCGGCAGUGUCAUUAUGUUGACGACCCUGGCACUGCUGACUUACGGGGCCCGAGUAUACUGCCGGUUGACCCGGAAGUCAUGGGGGAUGGAAGACUGGAUCAUGUCCGUCGCCUUGGUGCCGUUCGCUGUGCUGGUAGCAGGCUGUGUAGGAGGUGCCUUCAACGGGAUUGGAAUUCAUCAAUGGCGGCUGGCGGAGCCGGAAAAUGUGCAGUAUUCAGCGGAUGGAAAGAAGUUCUUCCUCAUCUUCGAGGUCGGCUACUGCGCUGCCAUUAUCCCGAUCAAACUGAGUAUCAGCUGGAUGUUGAUUCGAGUCGCGGAGGGGCGCAAGGCUUAUCUCUACAUUCAGUAUGUGGUCAUUGCAACGUUCGUGACCAUGAACAUCAUCGCGUUGAUUUUCAUUCUCAUCAACUGCAUCCCUGUCGAUGCUGCCUGGAAUGACGAAGCCCUGAAGAACGGAGGACACUGCCAACCGUCCUACGUCCUCGCCGACGUGUACUACGCCUGCACGGCCGUGAACAUCCUGACCGACUGGGUGACGGCUUUACUGCCCGUGCCCCUCCUCUGGAAUGUCCAGAUCAACCGCAACACCAAGAUCUCGAUCGUUGGCUUGAUGGGUCUGGGGAUCUUUGCCUCGCUAUCCGCCUGCGUCCGUCUCAAGUACACCGUCGCGCUCACCUCGCAGUCGGACUACCUCUUCGGCGUGGCCAACGUGGUGAUCUGGGGGUUCGCGGAGAACGCGCUGGGGAUGAUCGUCGGCAACGUCGCCACCCUCCGCCCCCUGUUCCGCAUCCUGCGCGAUCGCAAGACCUCCGACUACAAGAACUACAACCGGUCCCCGGGCUACGGCCACAGCUCGCACCACACGGGCGGCGGCGUGUUCUCGCGCACCUACGAGCUGGCCGAGCACGGCAAGAACCCCAACCACGUCACCACGAGCACGGUCGCCGAGCACGGCCGUCGCAGCUUCAGCGACGGGGACAGCGAGCGACAGAUCCUGGAGGGCGGGCAGAGUCCCGGCGAAGCCGACAUUGUCGUCAGCCGGCAGGUGAUCGUGGCCUACGACUGA